AGCCCACUGGCUGCUCCGCACAACAACACAAACGCCAUCUUUAGCUGACAAGCAAAGUACCGAAGCUGAGAGUUGUGAAGCGAAACUAGGUCAGACGCUCGGAAAGCCAGCACACUUUUAAAAACCGCAUUUCACAAGCUUCCAGGCAGUUUUUGCUAACCUCCCGACACACCGUGCUGUCGUAUGGUCCAAUGUGUUUGAUCGGUCGGCCAGCUCGGACGCAGUUUUCUUGUGUCGGUCCCGGUUGACGUUGAGUGAUCGCCUUUUAAUAAACAAGCCCACGGAGGAGGUGAAAAACCAGGAUGAAACGAGGUCUCCAAGGGAAUGAGCAGGAGGAUGGAGGUGGGACCAGCGGUGGGUGUCAGAAGACUCUUAAACGGUCCCGCAAGCAGCGGAGGGAGAAAGAUGUGGAGGAUGAGGAAGGCCGCUGGGAGUGUCUGCCACAGGAGAUCCUGCUCCACAUCUUCCAGUACCUGCCUCUACUGGAUAGGGCUUUUGCCUCCCAGGUAUGCCGGGGCUGGAACCAGGCCUUUCACAUGCCAGAACUGUGGCGAUGCUUUGAGUUUGAGUUGAACCAGCCCGCUAGCUCCUACCUGAAGGCCACACACCCAGACCUCAUCAAACAGAUCAUCAAAAGGCACUCCAACCACCUACAGUAUGUCAGCUUCAAGGUGGACAGCAGCAGAGAGUCUGCAGAAGCAGCGUGCGACAUCCUCUCUCAGCUGGUGAAUUGUUCUUUGAAAACUCUGGGGCUCAUCUCCACAGCCAGGCCCAGCUUCAUGGAGCUGCCUAAGUCCCACUUCAUCUCGGCACUGACUGUGGUUUUUGUCAACUCUAAAUCCCUGUCCUCCCUGAAGAUUGAUGACACGCCCGUGGAUGACCCUUCUCUUAAAGUCCUGGUGGCCAAUAACAGUGACACUCUCAAACUGCUCAAAAUGAGCAGCUGCCCUCAUGUUUCACCUGCAGGCAUCCUGUGUGUGGCUGAUCAGUGCCAUGGUCUGAGAGAACUGGCUCUCAACUACCAUUUGCUGAGUGAUGAACUUCUCAUUGCCCUCUCCUCAGAGAAGCACGUUCAUCUCGAGCACCUUCGCAUUGACGUGGUCAGUGAAAAUCCCGGCCAACACUUUCACACCAUCAAAAAGAGCAGCUGGGACGCCAUGGUGCGUCACUCCCCUAAAUUUAAUCUGGUCAUGUACUUCUUCCUCUACGAGGAUGAGUUCGGCCCUUUCUUUCGCGACGAAAUCCCCGUUACACAUCUGUACUUCGGCCGCUCCGUCAGCAAAGACGUGCUGGGGCGCGUCGGCCUCAACUGCCCGCGUCUGGUCGAGCUGGUGGUGUGCGCCAACGGGCUGCGACCGCUGGAUGAGGAGCUGAUCCGCAUCGCUCAGCGCUGCACGCAGCUCUCUGCUAUCGGCUUGGGAGAGUGCGAAGUGUCCUGCAGCGCCUUCGUGGAGUUUGUCAAGAUGUGUGGAGACAGACUGACACAGCUAUCCAUCAUGGAGGAAGUACUGGUUCCAGAUCAUCGUUAUGGGUUGGAUGAUAUCCACUGGGAGGUGUCAAAGCAUUUGGGUCGCGUCUGGUUCCCAGACAUGAUGCCUACAUGGUAGAUUUCCAGUAGAAGGUUCAUCAAUCUCAUCUCUUGAGAAAGCAUGCAAGAAAACUGAUCCGAUAAAAACAGCGUUUUAUUUUUCGUAAAAUUUAUAGAUUUCGGAUCUGAAUUUAUGUGUCUAACUUUUGUAUUUAGGUGUACAUUUAUUGAUCAUAAUCUUCAUUUUGAUUGAUUCAUAACAUUUAGCAUCUUGUUCUCUUCAGCCCUUGAAAAUUGGUUAAAUGCAGGGUUUAAGGGGGAUUUAGGAGUGACACUUGCCCAUGGGAACUAACAAAUAUGUCUGGAAAUUAAUGGCUCGUUUCUGCUCGCCGUUCUCACCCUCGCGAACGCUGCCAUAUGACAAAAGAGAAGUCACAUCUGCUGGCACAAGUCAUGCUUUGGUGCCAUUCCAGCCGGUUCUACACCUCUCAAUUUUUGUAACUUUGCGCCGCCACAGCCAGGAAGAUGAAACCUUCUGGGGAAAACUUUGAAAAUACAAGCUCCACAAUUUCUUUGCUUCUGGUUUUCCCCUCCUCCUAUAUCAGCACUGAUGUGGCGGUUUUGUCUGAUUGGCGACACCUGUCUUUCAGGAUAAUACUGCAACGAGUACUCGUGCCCUCACGCUGGUAUAAAUGGUACAGAGCUGCGGCGACAUCACUGUUUGCAUGCAAAGCGACCAGUGCGGCGAGCAAUAAAUGGGCCUUGAUGAGAAAUUAUUUUAUAGACACAAGGUGCAUGUACAAAAUCUGAAUCGGUAACAUAAAUAUUCCUUUUGACCUAAUCUUGAGCAGACGUAGUUCCAAUCCUAACAUAAAUCAGAAACUUUAAUUUCACUUGAAUCAGUUAACAUGCAGAUGGAUUAAAGAGAUUCUAAUCAUCACACUGAAUGUGCAGUGUCUUUAAAGCCAGGCAGCGUUGUCUUUGUGUGGUAGAAAAGUACAUGCAGUAGAAGGGGAUGUUCACCAUUAUAAGCUAAUGUAUUUGUUAGUAUUCAUUCAAAAUAAAAAAAUAAUGUCAUGGAAGGUUUCUUGUUAUAUAUUUUUUGUUUCUUUACAGCUGAAGUAAUAGGUUGUAACUGUACAAGAAUUAUUCAAGUCAUUUUUCACAGUGAGGCGACAGCUUGUUAUAGAUUGUGGUGGUCGAUCAUGUGACAACAGCGAGGGAGGCAGGAGCACAGACAGUACUUCUUUGUUUUGUGUGCUCCUGCCGUCCAUCAUGGUGUCACUACGUCAUUUCUUUGAAUGUGUUUUUGAACCUCUGCAUCUCAUGUAGAACCUCAUGUCUCUGUCCUGUGUUUGAUUCUGAAAUGGGUGAUCCUCCGUUUUCUAAUUGUGGAGGCAGUUUUCUUUGAUCAUGAUAAUCUUUAUCUGUAUAUACUGUAUAAAUAUAUAUAUAUGUGUGUGUGUGUGUGUGUAUGCAAUGUAAUGUAAUUUUCUGCGUUGCCUGGCUCAUGUUCCUGCAAUUGUAAAUAUAAAAUCUGUUAUAUUUAAAAACAAAUGUAAAGGAGAAAUUCUAAUCAAAUAUAUGUAGAUUUAAUGAUUCCUUUCGAUGCACUUUUACCCUAAUGAAGGUCCCAAGUGUAGCAUUAGGACGGGAAAUUAACAAUUUUACAGCCAAAUGGUUGUAGGUUUUAGUGGCGGUUACGCGGUCUAAUAAAUCUGUGAGUCACCCUUGGGAGUUAACUUGAUUUUAUGAGGUUAUUUUCUUAUAAACAUUUAGAUUAUAAGAACUGGUGUUUUUUUUGUUGUUGUUUAUAAGGUUGCUUGAUUGGUUAAUUGAGGGGCGCACAGUUCUAACAUCAGUGCUGUGUUCUUCAGCCUGUCACAGAAACAGUUGCUGCAUUGUAAGGAGGACUUAAAUGGAAAUUAAAUGGAUGGGUGUAGAUUAUAUUUGUAAUUGUGCAGCCCUGCAGACAGGACAGUAUGGCAGCUGAAUGUUGAUGUAGCUGAGUGUUUUCCUGAAUGUGUGAGCAUGAAAGAUUUAUGUUUCUCUAUUGUUUUGUUGCAGUGGACUGAAAGUUGAUUUAAGUUGGAGUUGCAAACAAUGUUGAUACCUGGAAAGUAACACCUUUGGACUGUAAGUCCUUAUGUUCCAUUAGUGGAAACAUUGUUUACAGCGUUUAUAUUUGACCUUGUCUAUAAAAGAGCCACUCCUUUACAUCGAUAAUCUACCCUGUAGCAGGCUCUGUGAUGUCUUACUUCCAAGUUUUGUGUUUCUGGAAGUCAGACACACCUGACAAUGGACCUUAUCUUUAACUGACAUGCAGUUUAUGGUGUGUCAAUAAAAAUGCAGUCUGCUGGUUAAUAUUAACCGCAUUUGUGUUCUGCCCUUACACAUAAUUAUUGUAGUAUCAGAGGAUAGGCCAUGUAAGGGCUGCAGGUGUAUAGAGAAGAGUUUGAUGUUUAUAUUUAAUCUGAAUAAAGCUGCAUUGUACUGAGAAGACUUUCUGGAGAGUGACCUCACGUUCUUUCCCCAAAGAGAUGAAAUAUUCCAGUAAAAUUCAAAGCCA